CGCAGCGUCGGUGCCCGGUGUCCUUUUUAGACUACAACAAACACAAGAGUCAUUGAGAGAAACGCGUACGGGUCAGAAAACCCAUUUGCACCUGCUUGUCGUCCUCGGUCAGUGUCUGUGUCUCUCCGUACUCUCUCCCCAGCCAGCCCCCCGGCGAUCAAACAUGUCUCUGUCCGGCUCGCAGACGCCAGAGGACGGACUCUACGGCUCCUGGGUCGAGCUGGAGGAGCUGAUUGCAGCCGUGAGCCGCAGGGAGAGUCUGACAGGGCCGCAGGACAGCAUCUCCUCCGCCCUACAGGGGGAGCUGGAGAGGAUCCUUCUGGAGGCGCAGCUUGAGUGUGAGAGGAGUAGAGACAGUCCUCCACAGGUGGUGACUCCACAGUCCACUGGUUCCCCAAGACCCACUAGUGAUCAGGACAGUGACUGUGUCACCAUACAGGAGGAAGGUGAGCGGCGAGUGGACACAGACUGGGUGUGGGAUUGGUCCAGUAGACCUGAAAAUAUGCCACCAAAAGAGUUUGUGUUUCAGCACCCGAAGCAGCAGGGCUCCCUCAGUGUUAGGAAGACAGAGGUGAUGAAGAGAGGGAUCUUCUCCUCCGAUGUUCUCCUCAUCCUCGUUCCCUCUCUGCUGGCCUCACACCUUCUCACACUUGGCGUUGGGAUCUACAUAGGAAAGCGAUUGGCUGCUUCCACAACUAGCACGCUGUGACGUCAGCUGUAGGCCAGUGCCCCCCAUUUGCUAACAGUCUGACCAAUAAGGUCACAGUCCGCCCUCUCUACCGCACUAAUUUGCCUCCUUCCUUCUUCGUCAUGGGGCAACCAUAGGACCCUGCCUGUCUGUACCUCUGUCUCUGUUCAUCUGUACAUCUGUCUACCCAGCAGAACUCUGCCAGUCUGUCUUUCUGUGAGCCUCUCUGUCAGUCUGUGAGCGUUGUAGGGCCCGUGGAGCGGAUGAAUGCCGACCAAUGAGUCAGACUGAGGUCACUUUUACUUUCCCGGAGAGUAACACUGAUCUCAACCAGCUAAAGCAUAAUCAAAGAGGAGAGAUUGCCCAGAUACAAGAGAAAAGAGAGAGGGAGAGUUUUACCCAGCUAGAACAAUAAAUCCCUUUGAUAGGAGGAGAUGAAAACGGUUAGUUGGGAACAGUGAGUGCAGACAAAAUGAGAAAGAUAAUAUGUGGUAGCCUUUCUCCCAACCUUUGAAAGAGCAAAACGUCUGUCAUUUGUCAAAAAUAAUGACCCUCUGUAAGACCGAGCUGCUGAAAGUGGUUCUUGGGGGUUUUCUGCCCUGAUGGUUUAUCUAAUGUAGAGAGUUUUAGUUGGCUGAGUGAAUGUAGGGGUGGCUCUGGUUGUGCUUUUUGUCCCAUAAACCAAUUAAAUCUUUGACCUCCGACAAAGACAAUCAUGAUCCCAUUAAAGUUCACUCCUCAAAACCUUAA